GAUCAGUAAAUGAUAUAACACAGAUGCUUCAUUUUCAUUGAUUAUAAAAAAAUUAAUUUUCUCAUUUUCUAAGGGUCUUCAAGAACUGAAACAUUUCACGUAACAAAAAACUCGUUUACAGUAUAUAUUGAUUUCGGAUUUAGAUAAUUACAACCGCAGAAUUAAAACAUCCACAGCGAAAAUGUCACUCUUUGAAUUUCACUUCAUAUUUUACACCCAAAAGUGCCGAGUUAAAUUUUUGUUCCGUUCGAUGAAGGACAAAAUAAAAAUAAUAAGAGAGACCCUCUUUUUCCUCGUUCGUACAAGCCGCAAUGCCAUACAACAGGAGAGCUUUAUACUACUAGCGCCCCGCUUCGCUUUAUUCAUUCUGUUGUUGUACACACGCAUAAUAGCAUAGGCCGGCAUACCUGAUUGCACCCUUUCACGAUGAGCGAAAAAGUAAGCGCUUUUGCCUCUGCCCUUGCCCGGCUCCCGUGAAUACUUUCGACAGCUGCACUAGACAUGGUCGCGUGUUUAGGUUGAAUGAACCAUGAAGUUGCCACGUACUUUUUCUGCUAGUUUUGGUUAAAAAAGCGCAUGGAGCAUGCCCGAGUCAGUUCGCAGUGAUAUCUGAAAUAACUCAACUCACGUGUUUGAUGGCUCGUUGGGGGCUUUAUUGAUUUCUUGCGGUUUAAUUGUAUAUACAGAUUCAAAAUGAAAUUUUUCGACUUGACAACUGACGUAUUGGCUAUAAAAUGUCACAAAAAUCAUGUUUUUAUAGGUAUUGGAUGUUCCCUUUAUGUAGUCAGUCAAAUAGAUAAUAAAGUAAAAUUCAAAUCCAGUAUUUUACAUCCAGAUAAUAUUCAUGACAUUAAACUUCAAACAGAUGAUAGGAUCAUUAUUUAUGGAAGAAAAAGUUUAUGCAUAUGCCAAGUUACAGUAAAUGAUGAUUUUGUAGAGGUUGUUAAGCUAGAUGAAAUCCAUCACUUCAAUGAUUGGAUUAUUGAUGUAAAAUGUUUAGGAUCAGUGAAUGAACCAAUAUUAACAAUAUUGUUUGCCCACAAUAAUGUAUACAACUACAAUACUGAAAGCAAAAAAUAUUCCAAUACAAUUUGUAAAGAAACAUGUUUAUUAUAUGCAGGAGAAAUCUCCGGUAAGCAUUUUACCAAUGCCAUUGUUUUAAGUGGCACUGUUUUUCAAGAAAUACUAAUAUGGAGUGUUUUAAACAAUGCAACUGAUUCAUAUUCACCAAUUUUGCACAGAUUAAAAGGACAUAAAGGAGUUAUAUUUUCUGUAUUUUAUAAUCCAAUGAAUAACAUAAUAUGCUCAACAUCUGAUGAUAGAACUGUGAGAUUAUGGAAAAUAUCUAAUAACUUUAAUCAUCACUUAGAAGAUAUGAAUUGGAGUAAGGUUGAAAUAAAUUUACAAACAACCAUGUAUGGACAUUUAGCCAGAGUUUGGAAAGCAAUACUCAUUAAAGAUGUAAUAGCUAGUAUAGGAGAAGAUUCAAGAAUAUGCUUUUGGAAUUUGUCUGGUGAAUUGUUACAUAAAAUAGAAGCACACCAAGGAGCAACUAUAUGGUGCAUUGAUAUAUCAGAGAACAAUAUUUUAUUCACAGGAGGAGCUGAUGGGUCAGUAAAUUGUUGGUCAAUGAUAGACAUAAAGAGUAAUAUGAGUCAAUACAGUCUAUUAGAAGAUUCCCAAAAAGAAGUACCAAAACAUGUUAUUUUUCUUGAAAAUAGUGAUGUUUUAGUUUAUUCAAGUUUAAAAUCAAAUACUAGAAUUCUACAUUACAAAAAAAAUAAAAACCAAAUACUAGAUUCCUUCAGUUUACCUGAAUUUUCUUCUGCUUAUUGUAUUAUGGAACUUUCACCAAAUCGUCAAAAAUUUGCCUUGGCUUCUAUAAGAGGAGAUAUAAUUUUAUAUAAUAAAUCUGAUCAGAAAUGGAAUCAAUGUGGAAUAUACAAAAUUAUGGAUUCUAAAAUAUUUUCAGUGCAGUGGUUGGAUAAUGACAGAGCUCUUGUAUGUUCUACUGAAGGAAAUCUAUCGAUUGUGAAGUUCAUUGCACAAAGCAUUGAAAUUUUAUCUCAACACAUAUUACCUCCAAGCCGUGAACGCUGGGUGACAAGUGCUUGCACUCAUAAAAAUUUGUUGAUCUGUGGAGAUAGAAUGGGUAGCAUUUUUGUUUAUAAUCUAAAUAGUGACUCAAGAGAUCCAACACAAACAUUCAAAAAAAUUCAUGGUAGGCUGGGUGUGCAAUCUUGCACAAUGAUGAAUGGUAACCUUGUUACCACUGGCCGUGAUGGAACUCUUAGAUUUUAUAAGUUUUGUGAUAUGAAAGAUAAAACUCCCAUUAUUGAAUACUUAUAUGCAAAAAGUAUGCCAAUGGAUUGGGUUAGCAAAUUACUUCGACAUGAAAAUGAUUACUAUGUCUUAGGUUUUAAAGAGGAAGAUUUUGUAGUUUAUAGUGUUGUGUUGAAAAGAAUUUUAGUAAAAUUUCCUUGUGGAGGAGGUCAUCGAUCAUGGGACUGUCUCAUCUAUAAUAAUUUCAUCAAUUUUGCUUUCAUAAAGAAAAGAAAAAUUGAAGUUUAUGUGGUGCCAUUUAAUAAGUUAUUCAUUCCUCCAUUAUUGGUUGGGUGUCAUACAAAAGAAAUUUAUGCUGUCAAAACUCUAAGAAUGCCAGCAAAUCCUUACAAUGUUUUGAUUUCUGGGGGUGAAGAUUGUAGAUUAGUGAUUCACUUCAUAAAUUCUUUGGAGUCAGAAUCAAAAUUAAAUCUUGAAAUUGUUGAUUCAUUUGAUGGACAUCUAUCAAGUAUAAAGUGCCUAUCAAUUUUCCCUUUAAAAGAGGAUGAGUUCUGCAGUAAAUAUUUAAUUUUUUCUGGUGGCGGAAGAGCCCAAAUAAAAAUUUGGGAAGUGACUGUUAAUAAUGAUGAGUUGUUUUCAAAAGAAAACAUUUCAUGCAAAGAUUUGUUUUCUUACAUGUUACAUGGUCCUGAUAAAGAGAGGAAUAAAAUUUGGGUUGGUAAAGAACUAAUGUACAAUGCUGAUCCAGAAACAAGAUACAUGGAUAUAAGCACUAUUGUGCAUCCAAAAAAUAUGCAUAAUAUUCUUGUAUUUAUUGCAUGCUCCGAUGGAUAUCUCAGAACAUUCAUCUAUGAUAUUAUUUUAAACAAAAUUAAGUUAGUUCACACUCUACCUUAUCGUAACCGAUGUAUUUUAAAAGUACAAUCAAUGCUUCAUCAAGCCAAAAUAUUAUUAAUUACAAUGGCUACUGAUGGGUUACUAAAUUUUUGGACUUGCAAUGUUGAGAAUGAUGAAAUUGAUGUUCAAAAAAUUGGAAUUGAAAAUACUGAAGAUUUUACUUUACAUCAAUCUGGAAUCAAUAGUUUUGAUUUAAAAAAGUUGGAUGAAUGCAAUUACAUGCUAGCUACUGGAGGAGAUGACAAUCUCCUCAGUGUUUUAAUAUUUAAAGCAGUUUCUAGUAAGAAUAGCAUUGAAAUGAUUAAGAUUGUUUCCACCUGGAAUACAAGUUCUAUUCAUUAUGCUCAAAUAACAGGCGUAAAAUUACUCACUGACAAUAAACUCAUAAGUGUUGGUGCAGAUCAAAAGCUAGCUGUGCAUAAUAUUACAUGCAAUGAUUUGAAUAUUCAUGCAAUGUUUGUAGAAGAUAUGACUCUUUGUAUAUCUGACAUUCAAGGAAUAACUUUCUGUGAUAACAAAAACAAUGACAGUGGAAGAAUUUUUUGUGUUUAUGGAAAAGGUUACCAAUUGUUAGAAUAUUAGUAGCAGCAAUACAAGUAUACACUUAUUUUUAUAUUUUACGUAAAUUUUAAAUAAAAUUCAUUCAAAA